AAGCAUACGAAUCAAAAAAUUUCCUAUGGUGUUAUUAAUAGAAUUAUUUGUGUUUUAAAUUGUGAUAGUGUUCAACCUGAACGUAUUGAAGCGCAUAAAUUAAAUUUUAAUUAAAAGUGUAAUGAGUAUAAACAUAGUUUUGACCUAAAUCAAACAAAAAGAUGCGACUGUGAAAAUUGAUAGAAGAAAAUAUCGCAAUGUGUAUACAAAAUUGGAUACUGUUUAAAAAUGAGAAAUGGGACAAUGAAUGAUAUGCUCAUCAUCAUGAGGGGAUGAAGGUGGCGAAAAAACGACUCUCUUCCCACUGUACAUAUGUACAUAUGCAUAUAUGUAUGUAUGUAUGUAUAGACACACACAUACAUAUGUACGUAUAUAACUUUAUUGUAGGCAUAUCUAUGGCAAAGACACCGCGUAUAAGUUGAAGUACUAUAUGUAUGUAUAUUUAAGUAUCAGUGCAUGCGUUUCUUCUGCAGCGGUCCCUGAAUAUUCGUUGACCUGUUGUACAAGUACAAUUUUACUACUUAUAGGGGUGGUGGUAAUAAGUGAUGUGAUUGUGCUGUGUGGCAGUAGGUAUCAAAGUUAAAUGCAACAAAGCAGCAAACUAUGUAUGUGCACAUUAUGGAGCUAGUAUACAAGCCUACGUACAUGUAGAUAUGUCCACCUAAUCGCUAAAAUAGCAUAGACGACUUAAUUGAAUAAGUAAUAUAAAUUAAAAAAAAAAACAAAAAUAAAUUAAAAUGGGAAACGUUUGCAGUUCUGGUGAUAAACGAAAAAACGACAGCAUAUCAGAGAAAUCAGACGAUUCCUCGCCGUAUCAAGAAGCCAAUAAAAAAGAAAUUCAAUUAGAAUCGGUUGGGAAUAAUAGUGAAAAGCUAGCGCCUUUGGCCGAUCCAGAGCCAGUGCCACCAGAUGUAUCACUAGCAGCAACAACAACAACUUCGCACAAUGGAGCAGCACCACAAACACCCAACGAAGCCAAUAAGGAUUCUCACAAAGGCAGUCGAUGUGUGGAGAAGGACUCUGAAACAACCACACCACUGGGCUUGAAUGCUCCUUCCGAUAUUUCGAAUCAAAAAUCUGCACCCAACAACUUGGCUAUUCUUCAAGGCAAACCUCCACCUGGACGCAAAAUAGAAAGAGAUAAAAAAAUUGUGAUCUACAUUUUGGCGAAUAAUAGUCCCGAGUACAAGAAGCACAAGCGUGCUGUACAUAGCCUCUUUAAGCAGUUCGCUACGAAAUGUCAAAGUAAAGGUUUUGAUUUCUUAAUCUCCGAUGUACAUGAAAAUGAUGUAGGGGCAAAGAAAGACUUUAAUAAAUUACUCGAAGUCAGGCGCUGGACGCAAAGCCCACAGGAAGCACAAGGCGGACACGAAGAAGCCGCAAAUUGUCUAUCGGAAAUCUCCAGACAUACCUCUACUGCGUACAUUAUACCGGUACUAUUUUUGGGAUCAACACUCGGUACGCCUAUGUUGCCAUUGACAAUUGAAAGUCAAGACUUUACUUCUGUUUUAAGCGUUGCAAAUGAGGAGGAGAAAGUACUUUUAGAAAAAUGGUAUACGAUCGACAACUCAUAUCAACCGAUGUGUCACCGCUUGUACACCCAACAAAUCGAUACUUACUCAACCGAAGUGGAUGGCGAAUUGAAUCACUUGUUGGAAGUGUUGCUGCGUCUCUUUUCCGAUGAUUUAAAAGACUCGUAUUUAACAACAGUGGUUGAGCAGGAGAUCAACAACACCGUACUUAUAAGCCAAGAGCACGCCAAACGUUGUAUUUGGAUACAAACUGGUGCGCAAUACACAAAACUACCAGAAAAUGCCUCGCAAUUGGAUGCCGAAGUUUUGAGACGUAUAACAAAUGUUUAUGCCGAGCUGAAAAUGCAUUUGUCUGAGAAAAAUCUAAUAAGAAUUCUACCCACUAUGAAUGUACUGGACGAAGAGCUGACUGCGGUGAUCGACAACUUGCUGGAUAAAUCGAUCACAUCCAUUUUCGAGGAACAUCAAAAUAAAAAUAGUAUACCCUACAAUACAAAUGGGGUAGACAAGGUACUCUUAGAAGAAGUACAUCUAAUUGCACACUAUUCCAAAAUAUUGGCGCAGAAUUCUGCUAAUUUUGACAUUAUGAAUGAUGUGAAGAGAUACCUUAAGGAUAAUACACAAUGGCCAUUAGUAAUAUCUGGCGCCAGCGGUUGUGGGAAGAGUGUGCUAGCAUCCAAAAUUAUGGAAAACGUUCAUCGGUGGAAACCUGAUGCUAAUUUGAUAUUAAGAUAUGCAAAUUUGACAGUCCGAUCUUCUGAUUUAACAUCAUUACUGGGGUCCAUAACAGAUCAAUUGUCAAUUUUGGUGAAUGGCUCUCAAUGCAAUUGUGAUCAUACAAUAGAAGGUUAUUCAAAUAUACUAAAAGAGCUGCUUGAAAAUAAAGAUUUCUUUGUGGUUAUUAUUAUCGACUCCUUGGAUCAAAUCCUACACGAAGCAGACUUAAACUGGUUGCCGGUACACCUGAAUAGUACAUCCAAAUUGAUAGUGACCAUAACGGAAACUGAUAAUAGAGAAGAAAAUCCCAUAUUAAAAAAUUUGUGCGAUCUAGGCAUACCCAACAAGUGCUUUAUAAAAAUGAAGCAAUUUACUGAACGCCAGUGGAACGAUAUACUUAGUUCCGGUGGCAGUGAGUUUUACGCGUCCAAUGGUGCACUCAAAUUGCCCGAAGAAUGGAAGGGUUUGCGUGGCAAAACACCAUUACACGCGAAAUCGUUGUGGUGGUUGGCUUGGCUGUCGCACAUGUCCAUUAGUAUAACGGAUAUUGCGGAUGUUUUGGAUAAAAUGCUUCAAAUUUUGGAAUCGAAAUUCCAAACAGAACAUGUUGAAUUAAUGCUGUUGAUUGUAGCCGUUUCGGAUUGGGGCAUACGUGAGAGCGAUUGCUUGGGUAUUUUUCAAAAGCAGACACAAUUAGAAGCGCAGGUCGCUUUUAAGAUAUGGUCGAAAUUUUGCUGGCUGAUGGGACCCAUGUUAUUAUUUUUAAAAAAUAUUCGCAUAGCAGAUAAGUGUUUUAGAAAUGCUGUUUUCAAGAGGUAUACACAUAAAAGGUGGCUGGUACACAAAUCAAUACGUGACUACUUCGAUCGACAACAGAGCAUACUGCCAAAUGCACACGGAAAUGGCCAUAUAACAAAUUAUAAUUACCAAAAGUACUUAAAACUGCCUUAUCAUCAUUUCUGUGCCAUAGUUGAAGAUAAUGCAGCACCGGAUAAAAUCGAAAUGCUGUUCAAUUGUUUCUAUUUCACGGAUCUUCAGUGGAUUGCCGAUAAAGUUCAUUCUAAUGGCCCAGCCUAUUUAAUGCAUGAUAUAUUGGUGUCUGAAGAGUUGGCAAAAAUUAAAGUGCAAUCCUGGAUUCAUAUCGCUUUUUUAAAGGACUUUUUGACAAACUAUAUGCGCGAACUUAAUUAUGAUGGUCAUCAGUUUUUCACUUUAAUUAAAUACUAUCUGAAAGUACGCAUAAGAGACGACAUAACACUCAAAGAUGAUGAAAAGAUUCGCUCUUGGCUUGAGUAUACCAAUGAGAUCGAAAUACCUUUUAUGGAGAUAUUAAAUUUUAAUUUGGGAUCUGAAGAGGAUGUAUCAACUAGUAGUUAUGAUGUUUUGGUCAAUUUGCCUCAAAAAGGUUACUAUGUGGCAUCGAUAAGCACCGAACGGGAGGAAAUAUGCAUUUGGGAUGUGCAGAGUUGUUCGCGAGUGCGGCAAUUAUUUGGCAUACCGCAGCCGACGUCUAUGUGUCCAGUUGGCAACUAUGAGGCGGCUGUUUUAUGUCGGCGUGAAAUUAAGGUGAUAAACCUGGACGAAGGGAAAUAUAAGAUAACUUUGAAAGGGGUUAUGAAUCAGAAAAUGCCAUACUUUGGCUUGCAUGAUCAAAAUCAUGUGGUAUGCUUAUCACGCAAUCGUAUGUAUGUCCAUCUCAUGAAUCUGGAGUCCGGGGAUUGCGUAAUGACCUUCAAAGCUGGCGAAGACCGAUUUCUUAAUUCGCUGCUAGUUUCUGGUGAUGGACGCAUUCUUGUUUGCGGCGAUGAGACACAAAAACCAUUUCCACUGUUGGUUUGGCAUCUAUCACAGAAGAAGCUACUCUACGAUUUGCGCAUUCCACAUCAUGAUUUCAUUACCUCGCUAUCGGCCAUUACCUACGAGGGUUCAUACGUUUGCGUUGUUGCCAAAGAGCUAAAUGAACCUACACCCAAUUUUAUUGUCGUCUAUGAUUUACAAAGCGGUACAUUGUUUAAGAAAUGGAAACCUGUCUGUAACACCGUAUCCUUGGCGAUAUCACAAACGAAUGCAUGCGUUAUAGCUGGUUUGGAAGAUGCGAAAAUAUUAAUUUGGGACUUGAUAACAGGCAAUUGUAGGUCAACUAUUAUUGGGCAUAAUGCGCCGGUGACAUUUUUAAAAUUGGAUCCACUGGGAAAGGUAUUGCUGUCACGAGAUAAAGAAGGACGUGAUAACUCCAUACGCGUAUGGGAACUGAAUACAGGUAAAUCACUUGCUGUUUACAAGCCCCCCGGCCAAAUAACCGCUUGUGAGAUACUUCCAAAUGGUGCAUUUGUAGUCGUAGCUUUGAAGAACAGAACUGAACUAUUGACUUUGGCUUUAAAAAAUUAUGGAGAAGCUCCAGAUGAUAAUUGUUAUUUGUAUGGCAAUCAAGAUAACACAAACAAAACUUUUAAUCUUAAUUAAUUAAACGUAAAUCUUGAAAUUUACUAAUUUAAGUAAAUGUUUAAUUUAAUUACGUGUCGUUAUAGGUAUUAUUUAUUAUUAAAAAUUUAAUAAAAUUAUUAGUACGCACUUAAGCUUUUACAAAAAAAUUAAAUAAAAAUAUUAUUACACCCAUAUAAUUAAUAAGAUUAAACAUGAAACAAACAAGACAUUUGCAUAAAUACACAAAUAGCAGUUACAUAUUUUCAAAUUCUAUAAAAAUAACCAAAGACGUUGGAAGAGUCUGCAUUUCUUGUGAAUAUACAAUUUGUAGCUUCUAGCAGUUAGCACUUCAAACACCUAGAUAACUAGCUCAUUCAAAGGAAAAUGUAAUUUUUAAUUGCUUUUGGAAUUUUUUAACUUAACAAUGACUCUUCUACUAAAACUGAAAACCACACAAGACAAAUAAGAACACCUGCUGUUGUGUUUAAAUGAGUACUAAAUUUAAAUUAAGCGCUGCACUAAUGGGACGAACAAUGUGUUUUCUAUGUGGUCUAUUAUUUAACUAAUUUUUGGAAUUAUUAUAAUCAAAUUAUAUGUAAUGAAUGUAUGUAUGUAAAUGUAAGUAACUAAAUGCUUUUGUCAAAACAUCUCUACUAGUCAUAUAAUUCUUAAGCAACAAGUACCAAAUCUUUAAUAUGUACUAUACUACAAUACAUAUUAUGUAUGUAUGUAAGUAUGUGUAUUUACUGUGUUCACACCUGGCUGGAUAUUCUGGGUGGUUAUGCUCUAUGUAUUGUAUUCUUAUUUUUAUUUUUAUUACUGUGCAACUUGAAAAAUAAUAUAAUUAUAUAUAGCAAAAGAUUGGUACCGAAGAGAAAACUCGCAGACCAAAGACCCCGGUGUCAUACAUAGCUAUUCUCUCUUUACUUUUUAAGAAAUAAGAAUCGUAUUUUUUAAGUAUGUACAAUUGUAAUUUUUAUUUAAUAUGAAAUAAAUUAAAAUGUAAUCGAAAAAAUCACUAUGCAUAGGUUAUUAAAACCAAUAAAUGCAGUCACUCGGAGCUACAUACUUUCAAAAUAAAAUAAAACUGAUUUAAAAAAAAACAGUAAACAAAAACAUUUUGGUUGAAAAAUAACGUACUACACUACUUAUUUUAGCUUUCCGGCCAAACCGAAGCAGAGUUGGGCAUUAUUCGAAUAAAUUCUUAUUUAGAUAAUCAUUCGAAUGAAACUUUCAACUGAGUAAAAUUCUUUUGUAAUCUUUGAAAUCGAAUUAUCAUUAACCGUGGAAACACAAUGCCGGCAAACGGCGAACUCACCACAGCGAAAUUACCGCUGUCAAAAUUAGAACACCCGCCGGCAUAUGAAAUUGAACACAGC